AUGGCAGAGUUGAACCGGCAACUUCAAGAGUAUUUGUCCCAGUCCAGAGGUGGCGGCACAGCUUCCCAGUCAAGCUCCAGUACAGUAGUGGAGCUCGGUGACCCAGAGCCGGUCCACGGCAGUUGGUUCGGGCGCUGGUCCAGCCCGUGGUCCGGCGGCAGUUCCUCGGCGGCUACGAGCUCCGGAGGCAGUUGGCCGUGGUCGUCCGAGCCGGACCCCUGCCUGCCGGGCGUGAGUCGCCGCCAGCGGCUUGCCAUCGCUGGAAUGCUAGCCACUAUGUCGGCGUUGUGCUUCAGCCUGGCUGCUCUGUACGCGCCGCUGCUUCUGCUCUACGCCCGCAAGUUCGCUCUGCUCUGGUCGCUGGGCUCGGCCUUCGCCAUCGCGGCCGCGGCGGUUUUGCGCGGACCCACCAAGCUCAUCGCCGGCCUGCCCGGCUCGCCUGGCGCCGCCGUCUAUCUGUGCGCCCUCGGAGGGACUUUGUACGCCGCGCUGAGCUUGCACAGUACUGUGCUGACGGCGCUCGGGGCGGCCGCUCAAGUGGCUACCAUCAUCGGCUUCGUGCUGUCGCAGCUGCCCGGGGGGAGCGCCGGCCUCCGAUUCGUGGCGGGCAUGGUGGCGUCCGCAAUCAAAAGGACCGUAGCAGGGAAGGGCGCGCCCAUUUGA